AUGGCGCCCAAGAAGCAGCGCGGGCCCGGCGCGGGGCGGCGGCCGGGCGCGGCGGGAGACGGCGGCGAGCGGCUGUCGGAGCGCGGCCAGUACCUGCAGCGCGAGCACAGGCUGCUGUCGGAGCAGCUGGACGCCUGCGAGGCGCGCGUGGACCAGGUGCUGCGGGACAACGCCUGCCUGGACCGCGAGGCCGCGCGCCUGCGCGAGGAGAACCGGCUCUACGCCAGCUACGUGAGCGCGCGCGCGCAGCGCUGCGCCCGGGCCGUCGUGCGGCUGGACGCGCAGAACCGCGUGGACCUGACGCAGAUCCACUGGCAGCGGGCCGAGCUGGCCUCGCUGUACCGCGGCCGCGAGGACGGCGUGCGCGCGCAGCUGCUGGACACGGAGGCGCGCGCGGCGCGGAUGGCGCGCCAGGUGCAGGAGCUGCGGCCCUACAAGGAGCUGCAGCUGGAGCAGUUGGCGCGGAUCCGCGCGCUGGAGCGCGAGCUGCUGCACAUGCGCGUGGAGCACACGCAGCUGCUGCACCGCGUCAAGGGCCGCUUCCUGGAGGACAAGGCGGCCUUCGAGCGCGAGGCGCGGCAGCGGGUGCAGUCCCUGGCGCGGCGCGCGGAGCGGGAGGCGGCGCGCGCGCUCGUCCUGCACACGCAGGCCAUCCGGGCUGACAACGCGCGCCUGCGGCGGGAGCUCCUGCGGCUCCUGCGCUGGGCCCAGCUGCUGCACGACACGCGGCGCCGGCUUCUGGAGCAGCGGGACCAGCUGCGGCGCGAGCAUGAGGACACCCGGGACCUGGCGCGGGUGCAUGGCUGGCUGCGCCGGGGCCGCGACGGACCGCCGCUGUGGCAGCCGCCGCCGCCCGCCUCGCGUCCCGGGUCCUUCGCCCCCUCCACAGCGCCAUCGAGCGUGGCUCCCCGGGCCCCGUCGCGCGCGGGAUCCGGGUCACUGUUCCCGUCGCACGUGGGCCCCAGGAUCCCAUCGCAGGCCCCUUCGAAGGCCGGUUCACGGGUUCCUUCCCAGCACUCAUCGCGCGCGGACUCCCGGGUCGCGUCCCUGAUCCCGCCCCACCGGGGCUCCCGGGACCCGUCCUUGACCGUGUCGCGCCCAGGCUCCCAGGAGACGGCGGGCGCUGACGCCGUGGCGGAAGGCGAGUGCGGGCGAGCGCGCUGGGACGCGGGCGCGGGCGGGGCAGCUGAGCGCGCGGCGCCCGCGGACUGCGUGAACGUGGCGUUAAUAAAGCUGCCCCGCAAGCGGACCACACCAGUAUCCUCCCGCCGGCGCUGGCAGAGACGGACGUCGCCCGCACGGACAGAGGCUGCCAGAGCAGGAAAGGAGGCCAGCCGGGAGGAGCUGGGCGACCAGGGGUUGUAG